AUGGCGGGUGAUGAACCGCCUCCCGUCGUCACGAACGCCAAGCGCGGGGCUGCGCUGGCGGCGGUCGUUCUCCUCUUCAUUGCCGGCGUCACUCUGGCUUUCCGCCCGGUGAUUCAAGACGGCGAUACAAUUGCCAUCCGGAGCGUCCACACGGGAAAGUACCUCGCGCUCGGUUCCGACGGCAAGCUGCGUGCUUCGGCUGCGACGUCUUCGCUUCCGGCGGCGCGUUUCCGGCUGGUCGCGCUGACAAAGACGACGGUCGCCACCUUCAGGAAGCGACCGGUCGCUCCGCUGAAGGAGCACGGCAAGCUCGGCUGCGACUGCACCGGCGAGACGGACGAGCACGGCUUUGGCCGCUACUGCCACAACUGGGAGAGCGAGUUCCACCGGCCGUGGUGCUACGUCAACGGGACGUCGUGCAAGCAGGGCCUCCGCUCCAAGCGGCACAGCAGCCGCCACCUGCAGGAGGAAGGCUACCUCGGCCCGGAAGGGUGGGAGCCGGCGGCGGGGUGCGCCUGCUCUGGCCGCGAGUCGGUCCACGGCCCGCGGGGAGCACUCACACUGCAGACCCACCCUCCACUCUUCCGCGUGCCUCGCUCUGAAAAACCAGGCUUCGGAGGCUUCUGCCGUGGCUGGGAGUUCGUGGGGCAGACGCCUUGGUGCUACACGAACAACGACUGCCCGGACGCCACCGGGCCGGAAGGCGCAAACAAGCACGGCUUCGGGUCGUACUGCAAGGGGUGGGAGCUCGAGGGCCAGACUCCGUGGUGCUACGCGGGCGGCAGCUUCGCGCACCGCUACAUCCAAUGCACCGAGGUCCAGAACACGCUCUCCAAGCUCCUCGGCCGCCGCCUGCAGAGCAACGGCCCCGCCGCCACCGCGAGGAGCAAGGUGGAGAGCAAGGGCGUGCCCAAGAAGCGGCCGGUCCGGCACGAGGCGUCGUGGGCGGCGGCGAAGAGCCUGCUCCUCCGCAAGGCAGACCGGCUCCCCCUCUACGCACUCCAGUCCACCGAGAACGGACGCUUCGUCGACGACAACGUCGGCCUCGAGUGGGCCGCGUGCACCGCGACCCCACCGAUCCUAAAGGCGCCAAGGGCGAUCGAGCCUUCGCUCGCGUCGGCGCACCACCGCAAGCUGCUCGUGCACCUGCCCUAUUCGGGCUCGGCGCUAUCCAUGCAAAAGGUUGCCGCGUUCGAGCUGGUGCGCCUCUCGCGCACGUGAGGUGCGUCGCGCUGCCAAGGGGUAGAGAGGAGAGGGGAGUGAGCCUCGCCGGAGUGUGCCAGCGCCUCUGAGCCUCAGACUGAAAACUGAGCAUGGCCGGUGCGACAUAGUUGCCAUCGCAAGGCCAUGCACUAUUCAGAAUGGGACGGCUGCCGAGGGUUGGACUUGGAGGGAGAGUGCGGCAGAAAGUGGGAGCUGGGAGGAGCGAGAUCGAAGAUCGUGAACAAGCAAAGUUGCGGUUCGGGUGUUGUGACUUGUGUGUUCCUUUUUAUAUGCUAUAUGCGGACAUCUU